CCCACAAGACCGACAGUGCUGCCGGCGCCAGCGUCAGGUAUCGGCGUAUUUGGCCCGCCUACCAGAAUUAUGCGCCCAACGCCCAAUCUGCCCAUAAAUGAAUCCGGUACAUCGGGGACAUUCCGAAAACGAAUGAUGUUGCCACUGCCGACACAGGCACAUCCCUCGGAAACGGAAACGGAUAAAAAAUUGAAGAUGAUCAUGGGCCAAACGGGCAAAUUGAAUAUCAAUGACCGGCAAUAUCCGACAGACAUCCGUGAUCUGCAGCAUCUGGGCGAUCUGGGCAAUGGUACAAGUGGCAAUGUCGUCAAAAUGCUCCACUCGACCAGCAACACAAUAAUCGCCGUUAAACAGAUGCGACGCACCGGCAAUGCCGAGGAGAACAAACGCAUUUUAAUGGAUCUGGAUGUGGUGCUGAAAUCGCACGAUUGCAAAUACAUUGUCAAAUGUCUGGGCUGUUUCGUUCGUGAUCCAGAUGUCUGGAUAUGCAUGGAGCUGAUGUCCAUGUGCUUCGACAAGCUGCUCAAACAGUCAAAGAAGCCGGUACCAGAGCCCAUCCUCGGCAAAGUCACUGUGGCGACGGUUAACGCAUUGUCCUAUCUGAAGGACAAGCACGGCGUCAUCCAUCGUGAUGUGAAACCCUCAAACAUUUUGAUCGAUGAGCGCGGCAACAUAAAACUUUGCGAUUUUGGCAUCAGCGGUCGCCUGGUGGACUCCAAGGCGAAUACACGUUCCGCUGGCUGUGCAGCCUACAUGGCGCCGGAACGGAUCGAUCCGAAGAAACCAAAGUAUGAUAUACGCGCCGAUGUUUGGUCGCUGGGCAUAACGCUUGUGGAAUUGGCCACAGCACGCUCCCCGUACGCGGGCUGCAAUACGGACUUUGAGGUGCUCACCAAGGUGCUGGACUCGGAGCCGCCAUGCCUGCCCUUUGGCGAGGACUACAAUUUUAGUCAGCAGUUUCGUGAUUUUGUCAUCAAGUGCCUCACCAAGAACCAUCAAGAUCGUCCCAAAUAUCCGGAGCUGCUGGCCCAGCCUUUCAUCAAGAUCUACGAGCAAGCCAAAGUCGAUGUGCCCAGCUGGUUUCAGAAUGUUGUCGACUCCGCUGCGGGCAGGCGGCUGCGCGCCAAUGGUGACUCCACGUUGACGAGUAACCAGCCAAAACACCCAAACAACAAUGUCCAAACCACAUGCGAAAUCCUUUUUUGUGGUCUGAUGUCUGCUGUAUGCGUGUGUGUGUGCGCGCGUGUGUGUGUGUGUGCGUGUGUAACAACAACAACAACAUUCAACUAUUUGAGCAGCGGUGGCAGCAACAGCAGCAGCAGCGCCAGUGCCAGUCCCAUCUCGCCACCGGGUGGCAGCAACAACAACAUCAACAGCGACAACAACAUCAAUAAGCUCUAUCGCAAAUCGCCAUUUAUGCAACGCAAAUUGAGCAAUGGUUCGCAUUACAAAUACUGCGAUGAGAGCCCCAAAAAGGAAUCGGUUUUCAGCAGCAUUGGUCAAUCGAUUCUACGCAAUUUGACCACAUCGCCCUUCAGCCAAAAGAAACACCAGUCAAUUGCGACAACCGUCACAACACCAAUACAGUCAAAGGCCACAACACCAAUUGAACCAAUGACACCAACAGCAACAACAACACUGCCGCAUAGUAAGCAACAAACUCCGACUGAGAAGUGGCGUUUGCCAGCAGCAGCAGCAGCAGGAGAACCAACAACAGCAGCAGCAAGGACAACGGAUACAAUGUUGUUUUAUGACACCUGUGAUAAUAGUAAAAUUGUUAAUGUCGCCACUGAAUUGAGCUUGCCGCUAAUAACAGAGCCAACGAUAGCAACGGCAACAGCAACAACGUUGCAGCUGAACAAUCAACAGCAGAUGCAACACCAACAGCAACAGCAGCAGCAGCAGCAACAGCAACGACUACAACCAGGCAAUCAGAGUCCCAUAGUGCUGCAACGCUUUUAUCAUCAACAGAAUCAGUUGCGCGAAAAGGAGGCUGCCGAGCGGCAACAUCAUCAGCAACAUCAUCAGCAACAUCAUCUGCAACAUCAGCAUCAGCAUCAGCAACAGCAACAGCAACAUCAGCAACAGCAACAGCAACAUCAGCAACAGCAACAUCAGUCACAUCAUUAUCAUUAUCAUCAGGCGGCUGCGCCACGUCCGUCGCCCGGCACGAGCACGAAUCCGUUUCACAGCAAUUAUGUGGCGCCUCCCACAUGCGGCCGCUCCCCCUCCCACUCGAACAUGUGCUCCGCUGCUUCGUCGUCGUCGCACUCGCACUCCACUUCUAGUCAAUCGUCUACGCAAUCGACGUGCUCUCAAAUUGCAAUUGCAGCACCAUCAACAGCAGCAGCAGCAGCAGCAACAACAGCAACAACAACAGCAAAAGCAGCAACAUUCCCACCGCCAGCCGCUGGACACUUUGGUGUGGGCAAUGCAACACAAUUGCAAUAUCAACCGUUGCCACUAACGCCAACAACAACAACAACAGCAACAACAUCUCCAGCAGCAGCAGCAACAAUUGAGAAUACUCCAUUUGGCAGCCAGCCUGCCAGAGCAACAACAGACCAAAUGCAAUCGGAUUAUGCUCCAGCAACUGUUGGUCCUGGUGUUCCUGGUGCUCCUGGUGCUUCUGGUGCUUCUGGUGCUGGAACUUCAUCCGUGCUGACGGGCAGCAAGCUGAGCAAGUUGUACGCACGGCGUCAGCUGCUCGGCCAGACAACAACAACAACAACAAGCGGUGGCAGCAGCAGCUGCAGCAGCAGCUCCAAUCCAGAUGCCAGGGAGCAGCUGAUCUAUUCCAGUAAUGCCGAAUCGGGCUGGUUCCAUACACUCGCUGGCGCGAUGAAGCGACAAUUUGCGACCUAUGUUAAAACCCAAUUGAAUUCCACAGCGACGAUGACGUCCCCAGUCUCAAAUGGCAUUAAUGAGCAGCUAAAUCUUAACCUCAAUCUCAAUCUAAAUCUGGAAACGGCGCUGGCGCCUCAACCACAACCACAACCACAACAGCAGCAACAACAACCACAACCACAACAACCACCAGCACCGCCAGCUUAUCGCAGCAUUAGUCUUAACAAUGGAAGCAGCACAGGGAAAUCAUAUUAUUAUCGGACACUCUCCGCUGCCAGCAGCAGCAGCAGUCAUAGCUACAAUACCAGCCAAAGCACCUCACCGACCACAGAGCCACUAGCGGGCAGUGGUGUCCCAGGCGGUGCUGCAGCUGGUCACGGUGCUGUCACCAGCGGCUUUUUGCGUCGCUAUGCAAGCAGUGGUGGUGUUGGUGGUGUUGGUGUUGCUGGUGGAGGAGGAGGAGGAGUUGGAGUUGGUAGCGGGGGCAGCAAUAGCACACCACCCAGUCCGCAUCUGCUUGCGGGUCUGGAUCGUCGACACCGGAGUCCGGAUCCGCCGCCGCGCUACAAUCGCGGACAAUCGCCGCUGCUGCUGCGCAAGAAUUUGCUCGAGCUGAGCGGACAAGCGUCGGGCUCACCGAUGCUCCAGCGACGUUAUGUGUCAGCAUCGCCGCCGUUGCCGCCGCCACGUCGUGGAUCGGAGAGUGUCCCCGGUUCCCCGCAGCACUUUCGCACCCGCAUCCAUUACACUCCCGAGCCGCAGAGACGCAUCUAUCGGACAAUAGAUCAAUGAGUAGCGCUGCAAAUUAUGGUCAUGUGAUGUUGGUAUGGCUUCGAUGAUGCUGCCCCCGAUGAGGCAGCACUCGACUUGUGAUGCCGACCAACAGCCAACAACAAGAAACAACAACAACAACAACAACAACAACAGCAAACGAAAGUGUUCAAAAGUCUUAUAACGUAUAAGUUAGAGCCGUAGCUAGGUCUUGCGUCUUCUACACGUAAUUCAAACAGAUCACAAAAUGUGCCCUCGUUUUUUGUGUAUUUUGUUUUUUUGUUUCUUGUAUUAGUUCAUGUGUGUGUG